GAAACUGAUUUGCUUUGGAAUAAAAUGGAGGCCAAAUUUUUUCGCUUUCUUAAGAUUGUGGGUGUUGGAUACAAAGCUAGAGCUGAAUCUGCAGGGCGUCUAUUGUAUCUCAAAUUGGGGUACAGUCACGAGGUGGAAUUAGCGGCACCUCCUGCUGUCCGUGUUUUCUGCUUCAAAAACAAUGUAAUUUGUUGUACUGGAAUAGACAAGCAAAGGGUGCAUCAGUUUGCAGCUACUGUUCGCAAUUGUAAGCCACCUGAAGUUUACAAAGGGAAAGGCAUAAUGUAUACUGAUGAAGUUAUCAAGAAAAAACAAGGAAAGAAGUCUAAAUGAUCAUAUAAUCUUAGUCAAUUUCAUGAAGUCUACGAAUCAGGUGCAUAUUGGCUAUUGCCUAGACUUUGCAGAAUUGUUUCCUCUAGCCUUUGAACAAUUUCAGUGUUAGAAUUCUUAAAUAGAGCAUCAUGGAUAAUCAAGUUUCAAAUAACAGCAUUUUCUUUUGCUUUAAUAUGAUUGAUAAGUAUCAUUUAGAGAUUAUCUUUGUUGAGACAUUUUAUCUAUUUUAUAAGAUUAUAAAAUUAUGACUCAUUUUUUGUCUGGCUA